AUGCCUUCUUCAUCCCCCUCCCCCAUGAAGCGACCGUCGCUAACCGAGCGUGCCUCUUCCACUCACUCUUUAUCCUCAUCUGGGAAGCAGGUCACAACAACACACAAAGCUCAUCGGCCUCAUGUUGUGAGCCGUCAUUCAAGAAACGUCUCCCACGGAAAAGGACUUAGUAAAUUGGCCAAAGUCCAUUCCACUGCGAACAUUGCGUCCGAUACUCAACAACAUGGACACCAGAGAAAGAAAUCCAGUAGCUCAACACCUCCUCAAAGCCCAGGUACCUCACUUGUGCGACGAAAUACCUCGCAAGCUGCUCUGGCAAAGAAUCUUUCCCACGGCAAUCUGCGAAAGAAUCAUUCUGCACAUGCUCUUGCACGAAACCUCUCCCAUCCCGCACUGAAGAAGGUCGGGCUGGCCCCUGCUCCUAAGAGGAAGAACAAAGAUAGAAGAGAUAAUGUUUUUCAAAUCGGUGAUCACUCAUCGGAGGACGAAGAGGAAGGUGAAUGGGAGGAUUCGACGACACAAUCACCAGAAGCUACUAGAAAUAAUUCAAAGACAUCCACCCCUGCCAGGAUAGGGACUCCAAAUGGCGAUUCAGUCCAUCUUAAAGAAGCAGAGGCUACAGUGCACCGUCCUCAUCGGACUUCUUCACCACCUCAGCCCUCUCUCAAGACCAAUAAUCGAUCAGCGCCGAAUCUCUGGAAGCAGUCUGAUAUCUCACCUUCACAAACACCACCAGAACCACACCUAUUGCAACAAAAGGCACGUGGGUCUCGAGCGCCACCUGCCAUGUCAACCGUGUCGGCACACGUUACACCCACUCCGAUGACGCGAACCGAAUCUACCAAAUCCUUCUCUCAGAUCACUCAUGAUGAAGCAGCAUCCAUGGAAACGACCCCAAUAGCAUCCAGAGUUGCACAAUCAUCUUCGAUUGACGGUGGCGUGUCUCAUUUCCUCGAGACUCCGGCUUCAUCCCAACGCCUUGUUGAUGAAGAGCUGGAGUCGGGCUCACCUUCAGCAUUUCUUUCCAAUUAUAAGCCACAACCCUCGGAAAGUCCAGAGAAACCAAGGACGUUUCACAAACCACGAGGAAACCAAGCUCCUUCGCGGACACAACAGAAACUGGAAUUACAGAGGAGAGAGAUGAUUCGUGCCAGUGCAUCGACUCCGACCACACCACCGGCUUCGGGAAUUGGAAUGGAUGUAGGGUCCUCCACAUCUUUGCACAGUAGAACAGGGUCAAGAAGCCGAAAUCGAAACCUGGCAGCUGGUGGUCGCACCCUCGCAGGGGAAAUCAAAGCCGUUAAGCAAGACUAUGAAGGUGCCGUCAAACAGCUGACAGUUGUGAGAAGAUUUCGAAGUCCCGUUGUUGAAAGCAUGACCAGGCUCAAAGAAAGCGGUGCCCUUCCUCAGGAUAUCGGUGUGUCAUCCGCGAGUGGAAUAGCAUCUAAAAGUCGACCCCAGAGCAGGCGCGGUAUCAGUUCGAACAAUGUUAAUGGACAUGCAAAGGGUGGUGUAAGCCGCAGCAUAGAGGAUCGCAAGCUGUCAUUGACGUCGCGAUCCUCAAGCCGAGGAGGGGGAAGAGUCCACUUUCAAAGACAGACUAGCCAUGAUGAUAUUGAAGUGACUCCGUCGCAGGGCAGUCCAGACGGAUUGCAGGAUGACGAACAUGACGGCUUGUCGCCCGAAGAGGCACUACUACGCCGAAUCUGGGGAAGCCGAGAAGUGUACGAUUCUGGAGAGCAAAGCGGACCACGGUGA